CUUCCGUUCCCUUCCGGAAGUGACGAAGAAAGGAACCAAGUUUGAAAGCAUUGGUCUAGCGAGCCCGGCUGUGCGGACGGAGCCACAGAGACGGGUUCCAUUCUUCAACCCUGGCACUUUCCCCUUAAUGCUGCAGUUUUAAAGGAUGCCUAUUCGUGCCUAUUGUACUAUCUGCUCUGAUUUCUUUGACAAUGACAGAGAUGUUGCAGCUAUUCACUGUGGACAUACCUUUCACCAUUUGUGUCUUAUUCAGUGGUUUGACACUGCACCAAGCCGGACUUGUCCACAAUGCAGAAUCCAGGUGGGCAAAAGGCACAUAAUCAACAAACUGUUCUUUGAUGUUGCUCUGGAGGAGCAGUCAGCGCUGGAUCCUGAAAGUCUGCAGAAUGAACUGGACAGAGUGAAAGCCCAGCUAUCUGUGAAAGAAAAGGAAAAGCGAGAUUGCCAAUCUAUUGUGAAUUCACUAAGAGAUAUCCUGGAUAUUCGUAAUGCCUCCAUUGAAACACUCCAGAAAGAUCUCUCUGAAGUGGAGUCCUUGUGUUCUACUCUCAAGAAACAAAUGAAGUAUUUGGAACAGGAGCUAGAAGAUGCAAAGAGUGCAAAAGAAGAGGCCCGGAGACUGCGAAAUAAGCUGAAAACAGUUGAGAGGAUUGAGACAUUACUACACGGUCAGCGUCCUGAGGUGGAAGAAAUGAUCCGUGAAAUAGGUGUGGGGCAGGCAGCGAUGGAACAGCUUGCAGUUUACUGCAUCUCUCUGAAAAAGGAAUAUGAGAAUCUGAAGGAGUCCCGGAAAGCAUCAAAUGAUACAGUAGAGAAGUUAAGAAAGGAGUUGUUUUCUGCUAAUCACAAGCUACAGAAAACUCUUUUAGAUUUGGAGAAAAACGUGGAGGAAUUGAAAAACGCCCAUACAGAUCUGAGAAAUGCAGACAGAGAGAUCAUGAGUUUGAAAAAGAAGAUAGGAGUCCUGCAAGAUACCAUAAAAGUACCAUCACUGAGCAGUGAAACACUCAACCGACUUGUCUCUGAAAGCCCUGCUCCUGUUGAAUUGCUAAACCCAAAGCUCCAUCGGCCGCCACAUAGUGAUGAGAUUGACUUGAAUGCUACAUUUGAUGUGGAAACACCAAACCAUCAGCCUCACAAGACAGGCCUUGCACCUGCCAAAAAAUUCAAACUAGAUAAAAAAUCGGCACCUGUGACAAAUUUAUCAAGAGCCCUGAAAGAAACAAUGGAGAACUGCUCAAAUCACACAAAUGAUGAGCACCCAGAAGAUCUUUUACCUGCUUUCAUCAGAAACUCAAUUCUGUCUAAGAGGCCACCUAUGAACAUGCUUGUGCCACAGAGGAGCACAGGGAUAGUGAGAACUGGGUAUGAUGGCUUAGGGGGCAGAACCAAGUUUAUUCAACCUAGUAUCCCAGAAGAAAUUCGGCCCCUGGCUGUGAAGAGCAAGAAAAAGAGUGCUUCUAAACGAACUAUUACAACGUCUUCUGUUUCUGGAAUCAGCCAGACUAAAUUAGAUAACUUCCUUAAGUAACUAUGCAAUUCUGUAGAUUGGACCUAAACAAUGAGAGACCUGGUCUCAUCCAUAAAGAGCAUUAUGACUUCAACAAUCCAGAACAAGUGCCCAAGGGUGAGGUUGCUGACUGUGUUCAUCUCCCCACACCUUUCCUGCAAAACUGAACAUGGAGCACUGGUUUUCCUAUGCUGUCAGCUCUGAGGAAAGAAAGUUUGAACAUGCUGGGUUCCAGAAUAUGUUUGCUGUUUUACAAGUCCAUAUUCUAAUCUAAUCUGUUAUAUUAUGGGGGUUCCUUCAGUAAGGUAUGUCAGUAACUGUGUUAGCAUGUGUCCCGUGGACACAGUCCUGCCUUAUAUAAGGAGAGAAAUUUGUUUGCCGCUGUCAAGUUGUGUUAGUAUCUGGUGACAAAUUAUGUGCCUAGGAAAACAACUUUUGUAGUUGAUGUCACAUUGGGGAUUAAAGUUGUAACUUCUGCCUAUAAAUUUGAAGGGUUGGAGAAAUGGAUGGAAAAUAUUUACUUCAUCCAGCCUUUCACAUCACUACUACCUGAAAACUCUCCUAGAUUCUCUAGUUAUUGAUCCUGAUUUUCAGUGGCAGGAUCCAAUGCUAGAAUAAUGGUGAAUUAGUCUAUUUUUCCACAUGAUCUGGGGUUUGAUCUGGGGUAUAAUUAAUAGAGAGAUGCUUGGAAUGAGUUGUUUCUAAUACUUUGGCCUGGAUUUCCUGUUUGAUUCUUGCCCAAGAUAUUUUACUUCCUUCCUAAAACUGUUAGCUGUAAAAUAAGUGCUAUUUCCCAGAAUGUUUUUCCUUGCUUUCAUGGGGCAUAUAAUUGGGCUUGAGAUGACUUUAGAAAAUAGAAAGAUUCAGAUACUUUUUUUCAGGAUAUGAAAAUGCUAGCUUCUUAAUUACUGCUCCUGUCUUGCAUAAGCUUGGGAGUCAAAAUCACAUUUUUAUGCUUAACAUUUCCAGCUCAAAAGUAUGCCAAGUGUUUUCAAGUGCAGAUUUAUUGUUUUUCAGAAGCAAUGUCCAGGGGCUUUUGUUUGAUUGUUUACUUUAAUAGAUAGUGGCAGAAGACACCUUUUGACUUAGAGGUGACCCAGUUAUUUCCUUUUAAGGAAUUUUUGUGCUAAAAAAGCAUUUUCUCAGUAUGCCCCACCUUUACUAUGGGUUAUGUCACAAGCCUAGCCAUGGCACAGGAUUACCAGAGCCCAUACAUGGGUCAAUGGAUACAACUUGAAAUUCCUAAUUAAACAUAUCUACUAUGUUUAUGAAUAAUGCUGAGUGUGUCUAAUUUAUUAAACUGAAGCUAGAGAUGUAAGAUUUCUAAGUCUUCCUGCAGCACAAAGGGUCUGUGCAGAUAAAUUAAUGGAUGUACAUCAGAUAAAUACUUAGAGAAAGUAACACCCCCCCCCCCCAAUAAAGGCCCUAAAUCCAAUUAUUAGUCCCAAGUAGAGCUGGACUGUUCAAUCUUUGGAAACCUGAUAAAUCAAUAUAUAUGUAGCUUUGAUUAAUUCAGUGAGUCUACUCGGGUUUUAGGCAAAAGGUUCAUUAUAGUGGCAAAAUUAGAAUUUCUUGGAUUUCUUAGAGCAACUGAAUUCAUCAGAACAUUAUUUUCUACAUCCCUAUUUCACAGUCCCCGCUGACCAGUAUUACUGAAGCUUCACUUGAUUCAUCUGCAUUAAGCACCUACCCUUAGCAAGUAUUGUUACCAGGCUUUUUCUGUUUUAAAUACUAGCCUUAAAUCCAUUAGAAUUCCAGAUAGGCAAUGGGUACUCCUUAUGGAGAAUUAUGGCAUUCUCCGUCCCUCUGUAGAAGUCAGCAUAGAAAGUAUUGCUUUUGGGAGGAGUCCUUUCUCUACUUUGGCUCAUGUACAUCAAACUCAGUAUUGCUUCUGCUCUACAUGCAGCCUCUUUUUCUUCAGUUCUUAUGCAGCAAGGAGGCAUUGUACCAUAAAGGUGAACUGAGAGAAAAUGAACCUGAGUGAAAGGGGAUAUUCAGGCUAUGCUAUCAUUUCUUUAAGUCAAUGACCAGAGGCAUUUUCUAUUGCAAGGAAAUUACAAAGACAAGGGCAGUCCUAGUUUUCACUUCUAAUAAAAUGUCAUUACCCUUUCCCCAAGGCUUGCAUAUAUUUUCUCAGAAUUGAUUCAUCUCUGCUAAAGGGAAAGUGUCAAAUCUCAUUUAGCCUCAAAGCUUAAAUUUUUACAGAGCUGAGCAAUUAUGCUGUGAGGAGGGGAAUUAGUAUUAUUGUUUGCACAAGAAUUGUCUGUAGUAUUUGCUGUUGUAUCCUUUGGAAGCUUUAACUGUGGAAGAUGUGAAAUAGAAUUUGAAAAACAGUUUCCAAAGCUGAAUAAACUGCAUAACAAACA